GUUGUUCUAAAGCUCAUUCAUAGUCUGCACAGAGCUACGUCCCUCCCUGAAUGUUCACCCAGGCAUAUGCUUGCAGUUGAAGGAUUUUGCACUCGUUAGGUCUAUUCUACUGAUUUUCUAUAUCAUGGCAGCUGUGACUUUGCUAAUAUACCACUGCUUUAUUUUUAGCUGGUACGUUUUCCUUACCUAUUUGCUUUUUACAGUCACUUCCAAAGAGCCGCCUGUUGGAGUUUUCUUAUAUGGCGGGCAGUGGAAAUACUUGACAGUUCUCAAUGUGGUUUUGCAGACUAUCUUCUAUGCUGUUUGUUUUGUGUCUGAUCUCCUGAUGCCAGUAAAAGGAAUUCGAUUAGCAAAGUGUAUAAUCUUCUGCAGAGACCUGUUCUUCUCUGUUCUGGCUUUUCCUGCGUCAACUUUUGUGUUUUUAUCGUUUUGGGCACUGUACUCCUAUGACAGAGAGCUGGUCUAUCCUGAAGGUCUUGAUUUGAUAAUUCCACCAUGGCUUAAUCAUGCUGUACACACAGCUGUGUUUCCACUUGCUGUAUUAGAAAUUUUAAACUCUCCUCAUCGUUAUCCAGAAAAGAAAAAUGGCCUUACCUUCUUGGGAAUUUGCUCCGUAACUUAUUUAAGUUGGAUUAUGUGGAUUUAUUUUGUUGAUGGCAAGUGGGUUUAUCCUUUUCUUGGAUUACUUAGUCCACUUGGAUUUGUAGUGUUUCUUUUAGGUAGCCAAGCACUUGCUGCAUUAAUCUACAUUACUGGAGAUACUCUCAAUUAUGUUAUCUGGGGAGGAGAGGAAGAAAGAAAAAAGAAUAUAUAAGCGUUCCCUGGUUUGUACUUCGCCCAUGAAGUGUAUGAAACAUUCUGAAAUGUAUAUCGGUCUCACUCCAUUACAUUGAAAGUCGUCAAUUUAUGACCAACGAUGAACAAUAUUUUGUGAACAUAUGGUAUAUAUUUUCAAAUGUUAUGAUAGAUUCCAAUAAAACCUUCAGGAUUUUUGCAUGCAACAUUACCUAGAGAAGUCAAAUAUCACAAUAUAUUUACCAUCUACUUAUCACUCAACCUUAGAUAGAGAAUUUAGAGUUUUAUUACAAAGGUAGUCUGAAAUAAACAGCUUUCCCAUUGUUUGGGUUAUGUAAAAGGUAAUAGUGCAACAAAUGUGGAUGAGGGUUGAAGGAUCUAAGCCACAAACUCCAUAAUAAAUGUGCAGGACCACAUGCCUUACUUUAUUUAAAAAAAUAAAUUACCAUGUGAAUUUGACACAAAGUAUCUAAUGCUUCUAAUAUUUUAGGGGACUUUAUCUGGGUAGGUCUUAUUUUAGAGAAUCCAUAAAAAGGUAUCAGAAACACACUCAUGGCUUCACUAUAUGCUAGGGGUAACAUUCUCAAAUGUUCUACCGAUAUGACUGUGCAACCUAUGGUUUAUGAAUAAUUGUUACCUGUCUUUAGGGAAAAAUGUAAUCUACUCUCCUCCCCGUCAUCAAAGGACAAAUUGAGGUGACUACAUAGGUGUGUGCCCAAUUAAUGGUACAAUGGGAAUAAUGAGUAAUUUAGCACAAGUGGAUUAAUAAGGAGAAUAUCAAACUUGCAAUGCUAUGUAUAGCUCUCACUGAGAUGAGAACAUUCAUAUUUUUUUUUUCAUAUCUGAGUAUAUACAAGUGUUUAAUAUCUGAGUAUUUCCAAAAAACCUACAAAAAUAGGUUUAUGAAAAUAAAUUAAACACGUAUUAAAUAAUUUAA